AUGGCGGAACGCCAGCCGUCAGGAUCGCCGCUGAACCCAACGUUCAGGGGCUACAUUGCCACAACAAUGGAUGCUCUCGUCCUCUUCGAAGCCUGCCUCUGCGGCCGGCUCUCCCACGUACCUCGGCGCCCCCACGACCGAGAAAGGUCGGCUCUCAUCCGGAGCGGCCAUGUCUUCAUCUAUGAGGAGCACUCGUCUGGAAUCAAACGCUGGACCGACGGCGUCCCCUGGAGCCCAAGUCGGAUCCUCGGAAACUUCCUGCUGUAUCGCGAGCUCGACAAGCCUUUCCAGCCUGGCGAGAAGAAGCGUGCAAUGAAGAAGCCCAAGGUUGAAGGCGGCGUCACCAAACCCAUCGCCAACCCUGCUGCAUCGCGCUCAAACUCCCUCAGCAGCUACGGCACCAGCCUGCCGUCAAAUUCAUCCCUGUCGUCAUUCGAGAACGGAGGCACGGGCAGAGACUCUGAGCGGGCACUUGUGGGGUCCCUUGUUGACUCUUACCAGUUCAAAUCUGACGGGCUCAUCAAGAAGACCAUCAGCGUCUCAUAUCGUGGCGUGCAGCACCACCUGGUAUCAUAUUACAACAUCGACGAUGUCAUCAGCGGCCGCCUUGCCACGCCGUCGGCAACCCCCGACUUCAAGAAUCUGACACCUCGGUCCAGCCUGAUCUCGUCGGGCAACUUCAGGGCGCCAGUGGACGAC